AUGACUAGUCCGCCUUCGAGCAAUUCACUAGGCAUACCCGAUCAUCCUGAAGGUAGGCCUCGAAUGAUGUUAAAUCAAGACCUGGCCUCGUCCAACGAAAGUUCACCUCAACUCAACCAUGUCAACGACAAUUCUGAUGGCAGAUCAGGACUCAGUUCGGAUUCAGAUGCCGAAGAAGAGCUGUUCUACGACAAAGAGGCCAACACGAUGGCAGUUGUGCCAAACGGAAUAAUCCAUGAAUUUACGAAAAGCGAAGAAGAAACGCACAGGAAGGUUCCACUUGUGAAAUGUAAGCUUUUUCAACCUCAAUAUCCGAAUUUAGGAAAGAAGUAGACAUUUAGAUAUGCUUUACACACUUUACAAUUAGUAAAUAAAACAUUUUUAGACUUGUCGGAAGAAGAAAAACCAUCGACAAGUCAAAGCGAUGAACAACAACCUUCAACCUCUCAAGAAGAACCUCAAGAAAGGCCUAACGAAAGUGAAGCUGAACCAAACGUGGAAGACGGUGACAGUGAAGAAGACGUUGAUGCAGAACCUCCAGCUAAACAACCACGAGUUGUUGGUGGACCACCAACGAACUCACAAAGAAUCACCAGGAGUAGAACGAGACAAAGCAAUGGCAAAAGUGUAGAUCAGAAUACGGGAAACUCAUCUAGUUGA